GUAAAGGCAUGUCUGCUCGGGAAUCGAGAAAAAUUCUGGUUUUUUUAUUGCAAUUGAAAAAGGAAAAUUUAAAGAAAAAUGUUUUUAAAAAAGUAAGUAUUAAGUUUAAGUAUGGAAUAUAAUUCGAAAAGUUGCUCCAAGUCGCACAAAAGUCACAAAGUCAACACCAAUUCACAGAAAUCUAAGCAAAAUUCAUUAAAAAGCCAUGAUUCUGGAUUAUCGCCUAGUGAGCCUAAUUACAACUCAGAAAACAGUGAAUAUUUGAUUCAAGCUUUAAAUAAAGACAUGAAUGACUUAAGAAUUCGACUGCAAAAGUCCGAAAUGGAAAAGGAGGAAUUUAAACACCAAAUAAGGAAGCUUUUCGAUGAGAAAGACAGCACUCAAAAGCAUCUUGAAGCAAUUAGUCAGGCACAUGAAAAUAGAAUUACUGAAAUGCACUGUAUCAUCGUUGAGCUUAAUAAGAAACUUAAAAUACAACAUGAUACAGCCAUUAUUGAGGAAACAGAACCCGAAGGAAGCGUUUCAGAGCUUAGCUUUCAAGAGGGUUCUGUGUAUAAUUCUGAAAUGGAAGCAGCAAAUUUCGAGCAACGUGAUGAGUCAGAUUUGGAACAACGGGACAGAAUAAUCAUGGAUAAAGGAUCUCAAAAUUACAAGCACUUUUUUGAGCUUCACAAUCAGGUUCAACAAGUGAAUCAACAACAUAAAUCUAGUCUGUUACCAACAACGAAUUUUUCAUCACAAGUUCAAUGUAUGCAAGAGGAAAUUCUUCAAUUGAGGGCUCAAGUCGCACUUUUACAAUCAGAACUAGCAUGUCGAGAAUAUACGUUUGAUAAAGUUAAAGUCACUGAUGAUAGAGACAGAAAGUAUGACAAUGAGUGGAAAAAUGAGGACGAAAAUGACAAGUCAAACUACACGAGUGAUGAUUUAUGUGAGACUGCUGACAUCUUUGAUGUCAUAAAGCAACAAGAAAGUCAGUCAAUAACUUCAUCAUUUCCUCCAGAUCAGUUACAAGAAUUUUCACAGUUGUCAAUAUCAAGAAUAGCAACAAAUCAAAUGCAAAUUAAUGAUAUUAAUGUACUUAAGGCAACGCAUAAUCAAUUAGUGGAAGCUCCAAUACCAAAGGUUGCAGAACGAGUUAAACUGAAGAGAACGACCGACGAUAAUUUUAUUUCAACUAACGAGUUAACAGACAAAGAUAUUUUUACUACUGAAGUUGCCGAACACUUAGUUUCGCAAUUUAUGCACCCAGAACGAGACGUAUCAACAAUCCAAGAUUUACAAAAUGAAGUAUUUCGUCUACAAAGACGCGUGGAACAUUUAAAGCUCCAAAACUCAGUAUUAGUAUUAACCCUAUCUGAAAGUAAACAGCACUGUGACCAUUUAUAUCUGCUUUGUGGAAAAUACGAAUCAAAUGCUGUCGCUUUACAGCAAGCUCUUAAUUGUAACGACCGUGCUAUUGAAGCUUAUGAUGUUAUGCUCGCAUUGCUUGAAAGCAAAUUGGCAAUCCAAGACGAUGUGGAGUUUGGAGAACAAAAUCGGAAGGCAGCUGAAAGUGUUGCUCACUCACUUUUAGAUCGUUUAAGGAAUGAAAAUAGUUUCUAUGGAAAAUCUACAGCACCUUGGCAAGAAGCGGUUAUAAUAAAUCCAGAGAAUGAAAAUACACCUUGGACAGAAGAGCAUGACAAAAUGCUUCGCAAUCAAGUGUCUAAAUUAAAGGGUCAAAGGGCUUUCAUUCAGAAUACAGUAGUUAUACUUGAAUCUCCUUUUAAUUUAAAUGAUGCUAUUAACACAAAGAUCGAACUAAGUCCGACCAAGUCACGAAGCCGUUCUCGACAAAAGAAUAUGGAUAUAGAACAAGCUUUAUUACUGCAAGAAUUGAUGAGUUUACGUGAAGAAUUAUGUGAUUUGAAAUUUCAAGCAGAACAAUCAGAGAAAGAAAAGCUUUCAGCACAUGAGAAAUUGAAAUCUUUACAAGCAGCACUAGUUCAACUUCAAAGUCAAUUGAAUGAAUCCGAAAACAAGCCAAGAGAUCGAAUAUCAUAUUCGGAAGCAGAAUAUAAUGCGAGCAUCGAGAGAGAACUUUUGGAAGCAUUAAGUAGAGAAUGUAGGUUGAAAGCACGACUCCAAGGAUUGGCUGGAUCGCUUGAAACGGCGACAAGAGGAACAGCUAUACACUCAAGUACAAAACAAAAUACAGUAUCUGAAUUGAAGCAAGCUAACUUGUCUUAAUUAAACCCGAGUAUAUAAUUCACUAGUGUGUAAAUAUCGAUAUUACUCAUAAUCAUCACCGUAAUAUUUUUAUAUGAUUUCAGAACGCGUAUAAAAAAAUGCCUUUUAAAAACAAACAUAUUGUAUAAUUAACAUAUUAUUGUGUUUCUGAUAACUUUAUCAAAAUUGCCAAAAUAAGUAACUUAAUGAAUAUAAAGUAUAUACUAAAUACAUAUUUUAC